AUGUGGCUGGUCCUCUGGUCUUUAGUCCCAUCCGAGCUCCCCCAUUGGCUGCAGACUGUGAGAACCUCCAGCAAACCCAGGACUCACACAUUCAUAUGGAGAUUAGAGAGUAUAAAUAGAGGAGGGAGAGAGAGAGAGCUCAGCACAGCUCAGAUCUUCUCCUCACAGAGAGCUAACAGAAGAAACACAGCCAUGGCUCCUACAAUCACUGCAUCAAUCAUCAACUCCAACCACCUUCUUCCACUUACUAAUAAGCUGAGAAAGCCAAUAGUGGAGAAGAUGCGUAGAGAACGCAUCAACAGCAGCAUCGAGAAGCUCAAGUCUCUGCUGGGUGGAGAAUUCCUAAAGCAACAGCCUGAUUCCAGACAGGAGAAAGCCGACAUCCUGGAGAUGACAGUUUAUUUCCUGAGACAGCAGCAGCAGUCACACAAGAAGUGGAGCUGCUCCACUGCAGCUGAUGAAGGCUACAGCAGGUGUGUGCAGGAGGCCAUCCACUUCCUGUCUCAGUGUCAAGUACACACUCAGUCCCAGAGAAGACUGCUGAGCCACUUUCUCACCAUGCAGCCUUCCAUGGAGAAGAGCAGAAGUGGCGUUCCUCAGCUCAGCUCUCCAGCCUGCCAGAUCAGCAGCAAAGAGGAGACUCCAGGCUGCAGUGGCCUCUGGAGACCCUGGUAGAGCCGCAUGGACACUUUACCAUUAGGAAACCAGCUUACAAAUGCCAUAUUGGCAUUAACUACAGUUUCCUAAAGUGUGUUGGAAUAUUUUGUCCAACUUUUCAUGGACAGAAUAUGACAAGGUGCUUUCCCUAUGGGAACGCAUGUGUAGAUGUUUCCAUCACUAUGUUUUGUGAAACUUAAAAGAAAAUUGCACAUUUUAACUAUGCAAGAAGAACAUAUUCUAAAAUAUUUUGUUUCUUUCUAAGAAACCACUUGCUACUGCUUUUUUAUAUCAUCUCUUAUUAUAUAAGAAUUGUCUAUUUGAAUUAUGAAACAUGAUUUUAAUUUUGUUUAGGCUAUUUCAUCUGUUAUUCAUAUCUAAUAUGAAGAAUUAAGUGCAAAAUAUCUGUGAUAUUUUUAAUACAGUUCUUUCGGCUCCAGUGCAAUGCAACUGGAACAUUUUGACUGUAUAAUUAUUUAAGCAUUUGUGAUUUAAAAAUACCUUUUUUCAUUCUUGAGAAUAUUAUUCAUUUAUCUACAUUAGCUGGGUACACUCUUCAGGGAGGUAACUGCGGAUGUAAAAUUUUUCCAGACUGGAAAUGACAUGAGUUUGCCUUCAGUGAAGGUCUUGGAUGAUAUGUUACUUUAUUUGUGAGUACACAAAGUCAUUCUUGCCAAAAAAAAGUCCUGAAAAUAAAUUGUCAAAUUUGACAAUCAAUAUUC